CAACAACCUUCUCUUGGAGCAGGAACUUCACUGAUGGCUCUCACACGAGAACAGGAUCAAAAUGUGACAAAAGACAGGAUCAAUAAGGAAACAGGAGAACUUAGUGCUUCAGGAGAGCUGAGCGUCUCUGUGGAAUUGAAGACGGAGAAUGUGGAGGGCUGCCGUGGGAAUCCUGAACUCCUACAAGUGCUCCGAAAGAAAAUACAGGAGCCGGGAAUUCACACAUACUUGAGCUGUGACGACGGAGUUUCUUGGGAGCAACGAGAAGAAUUUCUAUAUAAAGUCCUGCCUCUCUAUAUCCAGGUUUGUGAGGGUGGUGGCAGAUUAGAAGAUGUGGACAUUAAGGGACUUGCAGCUCUCACUGCUGACACUGUCAUCCAUAAUAUCCACAGCAGAGUGGCAGGACGGCCCGCAGAGAAAGCCCGUGAAGAGGUGGUGCACUUCUUCAAGAGGCGGGAUAACGACUCAAGCUGUUACACAGGCACAGGUUCUGGAUGGCUGCUGUUAAAGUCUCUUUUGCUGCUCGCAUCUGACACUUUGGAUGUGCUGUCUUGUACAAACUCAGGACUUCCUGCUGCUUUGGUGAAAUGUCUCUACCUCCUGGUGUGUCUUCCAGCUACAACGGAAAGCACAACCACAGAGCAGACUUUUCAGGAGCCUCUAACACAGAUUUUUCUUCAGCUCUGCAAACAGCCAGCUAAUGUGGAGAUGCUGGUGGAGACUCAGGAACUGCAGUGCCUCAUCAUCGGACUCACGUCACUUUGGGACCAGACCAGCUCCAGCUGGAGACAUCAGGCCUCAUGCAUUCUUAAAGCAGUCUCUGCUGUACCAACAAUCAAAACUGUUCCAAGUUUGUUAGGCAAAAACUGUGUGCGAAUCUGCAUCCAGAACCUGUUGCAAAUCGAUGCCAAUGUGUCAGGAUCGUUGUUAGCUGAGGUGGCUGUGGCUGUUUUUAGUUUUGUGAGAGACACUCAUCACCACAGUCCAGCCCUCUUCACUGAGUUUGACACAAACAAUGGCUACUUGGCCCUCGAGAACAUCCUGAAACGCUGUGAAGAUGGUGUGCCCUUGGAUCAGUUUCAGCCUGUGGAGGAACUGUUGAAUCUUAUUGCAUCCUUCACUCUCCUCGGAAAAUCUGAGCUGAAAGUGGCUCUUUGUGUCACCAAUCCUCAGCCUCCAGGCUUUACGUUUGACCUGCCACUUAAUGAAGGUUUAACAGUGAAGAACCUUUCUGCCUUCCACCUGCUGCAGACGACUUUGCUACGUUCCCAGGAUUGUCUCCUGUGCUGUCAGCUUAUUCAAACCCUACAGAGAAUAUGGGAGAAGAACACAGCUAAUUUCUUCCUCUUGGAGUGGACUGUCCAAUCAAUGGCCCAGCUAGCUGCCUGCGUGUGGUGUAAACCGCCACCUGUCCACAAACUCUUCUUUUCAUUGCUAGAGAUGGUGAUAUUUAAGCUUAACUACAUUCCCCAUGAGACCUUGCGUGCUCUUCUGGUUGUACUGAAGCAGAGCUGUGCGGGGACUUUGGCUGGUGGAGUCGGUGGGACAGAAUUUAGUGUGGUGGCUCUCCAGUUCUUUUACAAGAUGAUUGUGCAGAGUGCCAUGCUAGCAGAGGUGCUAAGUGACUGUAAGUUACAAGAACUGCUGCUUGGAGAACUUCGCAGAAGAGCAAAGAUCCUGAGGAAGGCUGGUGGAGCAGCUCCCGCUAAAAUAAAUUCCCAGCAGCUGCCUUGUGUGGAGGACAGUGAGAGACUUCUCACAGCCUGUAUGCUUCAAGUUGUUUCAUCCUUUACUUUACGUUCUAUCAAAAAUACAGUUUUGGUGCGAGAUCUUGGAAUGAUUCCCUUCAUAAAGAUAUUUUUGGAUGAUGAUCAGUAUCGAGGUCCCACUCUCUGCAUUUUGGAGCAGCUAGCUGAAAUUAACCCGGAUGAAUUCAUGAGCACAGCUAUCGGAGCCCUCUGCUCCUCCACACAGCAGGAACUUGGCUUAAAGCAGGAUCUUUUGCAGUCUGUGCUGAGGGUCCUGGAGAGCCCCAACAGUUGGGAAGCCUUUAGGAAGGCAGGAGGCUUCACUGGACUACUGUCUGUGGUUGUGGACAUGGAAGGAGCACUGUGUAAGCCACCAAACGGAGAAGUGUGGAAGAAUGUAGGACAUCAGCAGCUGCUGGAACUCCUCCUCCUAGUGCUGCGCAUCCUGGCUUUGGCUGUGCAUCUGCACGAUGUUAAUGCACACCAUUUUCAGGCUGGUGGCUUUUAUGAAAGGCUGGCAGAUGCUCUUCUCCACCUGGGCUGCUUCCACACUGAAGCCCUCGAGAGUGAAAAAUGUGAUGGAGGGAGGUACUCUGAUCCCAGGACAGAAGAUGAAAACCAGACUUCUAGAAAGAGCUUUUUCCAGUUUGUUGAGUUGGCAGAAGCUACCUGUUCCUCUAACUCACUGCAACCAAACUUGCCAGUCACCCUUCAGAUGUGUAUAAGACUGCUCUCCUACCUCGACGACUUCGCCUCAGGGACCUAUACUCCUCAAAGUUUACAAUCGGGGCAAGAGCCUGACAAUGAGUAUGAUGAAGAAAAAAAGAAAUUACAUGGACCAGCAAGAAAUGAAGGAGUAAAUUCAGGACAGUUUCUGUCAGGAUCAGGUCUCCAGUCUAACGAGGACAAAAUCACUGCACCCAGUAGUCCCACAGUCAGCAUAGAGUCUCAGUACAGUAGGUUCUCAUUUGAUCAGAUUAUUUUUCAUCCAGGAGCCAUUCGAGUUAUUAUGACUCUCCUUCCUCAUGUGUUCAGUCCUGAAGACCCACAGCUCUCUAUAGAAGUCCAGUUUUCAGUGGUGUUCCACAUUCAGGCUAUGGUCAAAUCUGAGCGAAACCGCCAGAUAAUGUGCGAGGGGGGGCUGGUCUCCACUCUGCUGGCUCACUGUCGGAGCAUGUUGCUAUCUCCAAACCAUCCGUUGCAUCUACCUGUAACAAGAAUUCUGGAGAAGCUCUCCUCCCAGGCCAUCUCACAUUCCGACUUUAGAAAGUUCCUGUGUUUAAGGGGUCAUCUCUUCUGCUUAGAGAAUAAAACAACCAAGCAAAAGCAACCAGAGUUUAACCCAGCAGCAAGGACACCCGAUUCAAACGUUGAGAGCACAAAAGCAGAUGCUGAAUCUUCAAGAAAGGCGCUGAAAAGGACUUUCAGCUUGUUACAACCUACAACCUCUUUUGGGUAUGCAAUUCCAGUCCACCAGAUUGUCAGUCUGGUGUCCAUGACAGCACCACGCACAUUCCGACCACACAGAGUCUCCUCCUCACCUGCAUUUGUGGAGUUCGACAUGAGUGAAAGUGGAUAUGGUUGCCUUUUCUUGCCCUCUUUGGCCACAGUUAAAGGAGUGACUGCUGAUUCAAUCUCAACUGGCGGAAUCGGGGGAGAAUGCAGAGGUUUUCCACCCACAGCUGGGCUCUCAUUUUCUUGCUGGUUCCAGAUCAGCAGGUUCAGUUCAGCUUGUGAUUCCCACCCAAUCCGUCUGCUGACGGUGGUACGCCACAUGUCCCGAACUGAACAACCGUACAUCUGUUUGUCUAUCUCAUUCUCAGCCUGUGAUGGCUGUCUUGUCAUCUCCACAGAAGAAGAAGCAUUCUCAUAUCUUGAUAUGAUGGAUCCAGAAGUUUCCACUCCAACGUCUUUGCCUGCAUCUCUAAGGCUUCGCUGCUCCAGCUUGCUGGUCCCUGGCCAGUGGCAUCAUUUGGUCGUUGUCAUGGUGAAAGAUGUAAAGAAAAGCUGUCUGACCACAGCCUAUUUCAAUGGCAAGGCAGUGGGAACAGGAAAGAUGAAAUAUAUUCAGCCGUUCCCGGGUCAAUGCGUCUCCAUGGACCCCACAACUGUGAUUGAUGUGUAUGGGCUGAUAGGGACGCCAGCUCUGUGGAAGGAACAUGCUGCUCUAGUGUGGAGAGUAGGUCCCUGUUACCUCUUUGAAGAGGCUUUGAGCUCAGAAGCUGUGGGUGUUGUUUACGCGCAAGGCACCUCAUACAUGGGCAACUUCCAGACCCUGCACAACACUGAUCCUGAUCCAAAUGCUGAGCCUGUCCCACUUAGGCUGGUUCCUGAAGAGAGGAUAUCAUUUGGCAUUAACGCUGCAGCUUCUUCCUUAACAACUGUGGUGCAGAUCAGAGAGGAUUACAAUGAGGUGGAUUGCAGACUGAUUGCGAAAGAGAUGGCAAUAGCAUCUCGGGAUAAAUGCACACCUGUUUUUCUUGCUCAUAACAUCAGCCAGCACCUGAGUGGGACCGCUCGUACCAUUGGAGCCGCCCUGAUUGGACAUUUUGGUCAGCGAACGUUCAUCCCAAGGUCUGCUUCCAAUGGUUUUUUGUAUGUUGGGGGGCCUGCAGUUGUUCUCAGCCUAAUUGCAAUGGCACCAGAUGAUGGUGCUAUGUAUGCUGCUGUUAAAGUUCUUCUUUCUGUGCUGGAGACCAACUCUGCGAUGCAGCAGGAAAUGAAUCGCAUCAACGGAUACAAGCUGCUAGCUUUCCUACUGAAGAUGAAGAGCAGUCUUGUCAGCCAUCGAACUCUACAGAUGGCUCUGUGUCUUUCGAGUUCAGCAGAGUUGAGCUAUGGUUCUGGUUGUUUACAGAACACCCCUGCUUUUCAAGCUCUGCUGUGUGACCUGGAGGUCUGGAAAAAUACAUCAGACAAUCUGGAGCUCUCAGUUCUGAACCAUUUUGCUGAAAACCUGAAAUCCUCAAGUGACAGCAGGAAUGCAGUGGUCAUGCACAGUGUGGGCCUCCUACCGAAGCUGCUGUUCGAAUUGUCUGAUCCUUCUGUGACCGUUCAGAAGGUUGAGAUUAUUUCUUGCAUCAUCACAUCCCUCCUGAAGGCUUACUUAAACCCUUUGGACAUAAGCAGACUUGGGCUUUUCCUGGUUUACACGCUCCCUACUUUGAGUAAUAAGAUUGAAAGCAGUGAGAUAUUGGAUGAUUUUUCACAAGAUAUCCCAGCUCAGAGUUUGGGUCCAGACAGUCUUAUUUGGAUCCGCAACAAGUUGCUAUCUGUGUUGUGUGAAAUCCUCACCUCGGACAGCCCAACUAGUCAGCAGAAGGCUGUAUUUGAAUCUCUUGGCAGUGAUUGGUUCCUGCUCUUCCUUCAGGCUCACCUACACAGUUCAACUUUGAAACUGGGCCUUGUUCUGCUCACACAGUUUCUGUCGAGUCCAAACCACCAGAGCAGUUUCAGAGAAGGAGUGAUUCCAGGAUCACUUGUAGAGCACAUUGAGGUGCCACUGGCUUUCAUGGGCAACCUUCGAGCCCAUUCUUUGUCUCAGGAGUGUCUUAGCAUGCCGUGUCCAGGAUUUGAUGUCCUCCAGGAGCUGUUAAUUAAAAACACUCACCUGCCUCAGGUGUAUGAAGCUCUAGCUGCUCUUCUGCUGGGGAAGAAGACUGGCCAAACUGUAGAGGGAAAGGUCCAUUUGGAUGAUGUCCUACAGUCGCUGAUUGACAGCCAGUCAGAAGCUCCAGCUUCACAACUCUGUUUUGAAGCUGCUACAACACUACUGGAAAUGAUCAAAGUCGUCAUCAAUCAGCCUUUUUCCUCAGAUAAGCACAAGUCAGGUGAUGAUGCAUCAUGGGAUUCGAAGCUCCCAGCAAGUGUGAUGCAGUUCCUCUGUCUCCUCCACAACCUCCGACCAAGAGAUCCACUAUGGGCAUCACCCAUGUUCCUGCAUUCACUCGCUGGUGUUGUGUUUCCUGCAGAGUUUUCUGAGGAUAUUAGUCGGCUCAACAGAAUAAGUGAAAGUGAAGAAAUCCUCAGCACUCAAUCAAGGAGGAAACCAGUGCUGGACUUCAUGCAAAUUUUGCUAAUGGACAGUCUUCUUAAUGUGUCUGCACGCACCAACCCGCAUCCUAUGGUUCUGCUGUUGGAGUUUUGUCCUGAUGGAACAUCGCUGGAACAGAGGAAGAGAUUUCAGUCUGAGUUAGUGGAGCUGAUUAUGAACAUCAUCCACAUACUCAGCAACCAGGAUAACAACACCCAUCUCAACUCACAAAACUGCAAAAAUCAAAGACCUGAAGGACAGAUGGGCACACUGAUGGGGAACGUGGUGCUUUUCAGUAAGACUUUGCUGCGGAAGCUUUAUGGUGGAUCAUUCAUUGGAGACUCGAAAAUUUUCCUCGAGUUCUUUGCUGAUCAGAUUAUGGUGGCUCUGGAGAAUGGUCAUACUCAGAAAGAGAAGACCGUUUCUGCCCUCUACUCGUGUGCCAAUAAGGCCGUGCUUUGUUUCCUGUCUCAACCACGACAUUCUCGAGAAGAAAAGGAAGGAGUCAUCAGGGCGCUGCAAACCUUCAUGGAGCACUGGGAUGUUCUCAUGGCAACUUACAAUGCAAAUGUGAACUUUAUUACUUGCCUUCUUCAUGGUCUGUUACUAAUUCGCUCUGGCAGCUACCUUGAAGGUUUUGGAUGCAUGGCAAAGAAUGUGCACAACAGGAAGAAUUCAUCAAGCCCCUUACCUACCAGAUAUCCUGCAUGCCUCAACAAUGAAGCAGACAUGACAGAUGAUGAACAACUAGUGUCUUUAGCAGAAGCCUGUUGGUCAAAAGUAAUAUUAGAAAGGCAACAGAUGCUUGAAGAAAGCUAUAAAAUGGAGAUCUCAGUAAGCCAUACAGCCAAGACAAAGCCUGUCAGCAUGACUGACAUCAGCCCUCUGUGGGAGGAGAUGGCUCUCAAAACAUGGCUGCUAUACACAGAGUCUGAGCAGAAGAAAAUGGCAAGCAGAUCUCAGAGGACAUUUGAUAUGAUUAGCGGCGCUCUUCGCUCUGUGCUGAACAAAGAUCAAGAGUCAUUAAAAGCAGAGGAGUUUCUGUCUUACAUGGAGUCACAUCGGCAGAGAGGCCACAGCAUGUUCGAGAAUAUGAGAACAAAUCACAUACAGUUGCAAAUCACUGAGUUGGAGCGUGUGAGUUCCCAGUGGCUACGUGUCGAGGCUGAGCUGCUGAGGGAAAGAGCUGUGUUUGGUCCUGGCCCUGGGGUGAUGUUGGGACGAGACUGGGUGCAAAACUCUGCUGAAGGACCCAAUCGGACCAAACUACGCAUCCGCAGAAAAUCCCUGCGGCAUUCCAAAUCGAUUCUUGGAAUGCUAUGUUUAAAAUCUGAAGAGAGCAAAGGUAGUACAGAGGGAGAUACUGAGCCGAGGCUUUUGUGCGAAAUUGGUGGCGAGGUUAAAGAGGACGAAGCAGAGAGAGGACAGGACUGUGACCGGCUGACAUUCUUCCCUGUACUGAACGAGACACCAUCAGUCACUGAGGUUCUGCCUGACUCUUUCACCCCUGAACUCUGCUCCCACACUCAGAACUGUCCUGACAUGCGCAUCAUCCUGCAGGAGCUACUCCCCGGAGAGAAGAUAACGGCAAAGAUGUGUGUGGUGAUGGUGAGUGGCCUCAGAGUGACUGAAGGCUUGCUGCUCUUUGGGAUUGAGAGUCUGCUCUUGUGUGAGGGGUUCACUCUCAGUUCGAAUGGAGAUGUUUGUUGCAGGAGACACCACCCAAGCAGUGUGCGAGAUCCCUUUAUUUCCAACAUGCUGAAUAAAGAGCUGCCAUCAGCUUCUUGCAGACGCUGGCUCUAUGAGGAAAUAAAGGAGGGGCGCUUUAUGCGAUUUCUUUUAGAGAACAAUUCUAUUGAGAUCUUCAUGAAAAACGGACACUCAGCAUUCUUGGUAUUCCUGAAUCAGGACCAUGUGUCGGCAUAUAAAAGGUUAAGCAUUGUUGUACCAGCAUUAAAAGGCAGAGCAGUCACUGAAGUCAUUGCUAAUGCUAAAAAGACUCCUGUGGUUGACAAAACAGCCCUUGCUAAAUGGCAGAAAGGAGAGAUGAGUAAUUUUGAGUACUUAAUGCAUCUAAACACCAUCGCUGGAAGGACAUACAAUGAUUUGAUGCAGUAUCCGGUCUUCCCCUGGGUUCUGGCUGACUAUCAGUCAGAGAUGCUUGAUUUGUCAAAUCCUGCAACUUUUCGUGACUUGUCCAAGCCAAUGGGAGCUCAGACAGAGAAAAGAAAACAGAUGUUCAUUCAGAGAUAUGAGGAGGUGGAGAACAAUGAGGGAGAAGACCUGUCAACACUUUGCCACUACUGUACCCACUACUCAUCAGCCAUCAUUGUGGCCUCCUUCCUUGUAAGGAUGGAGCCAUUUUCACACACUUUCCAGACCCUUCAGGGGGGGUUUGAUAUCCCUGAGCGGAUGUUUUACAGCAUUAAGAAGGAGUGGAACUCAUCCUCCAGAGACAACAUGGGAGACGUCCGAGAACUGAUCCCAGAGUUCUUCUACCUGCCCGACUUCCUGCUCAACUCUAACAACAUCCAGCUCGGUUUCAUGGAGGACAAUACAGCUCUGGGAGAUGUCGAGCUGCCUCCAUGGGCGAAAGGUGACCCCCAGGAGUUCAUUAGAAUCCAUCGAGAGGUCCUGGAAAGUGACUAUGUGAGCUCUAACCUCCACCUGUGGAUCGACCUGAUCUUUGGGUACAAGCAACAAGGUCAGGCAGCUGUGGAAAGUGUGAAUACAUUUCACCCCUACUUUUACGCCCAGAGGGGGCGACAAGAUGCAAAAGACCCCAUAAUCAAGAGCACAAUCUUAGGCUACAUUAGCAACUUUGGCCAGAUUCCCAAACAGCUCUUCACCAAGCCUCAUCCACCCCGCAGUGGCUCUAAGAAAGAAUUAUCUUCACAAUCCCAUCCAAUUCCAUUUUUCUUCAAACUGGACAAAUUGAAGACUUCUGCACAGCCAUUCAGAGAGCUGCCAAGAGGCCCGGUCGGUCAGAUAGUGUGUCUGGAAAAAGAAGUUGUAGUCCUGGAGAAAAACCGGCUGCUCAUGUCACCACAGUUUGGCAUCUUCUUCAGCUGGGGAUUCCCAGACAACAGCUGUACCUUUGGAAACUAUUCCACAAAAAAGAACAUUGCAGUGAGUGAGACUUUGUGUGACUGGGGUGAGACUUUGUGUGCCGCUUGCCCCAACCCUUCUACUGUCAUCACUGCGGGAACCAGCACUGUCGUUUGUGUGUGGGACGUAGCAGUCAGCAAAGACAAGCUCUCUCACAUGAAACUCAGACAGCCGUUGUAUGGCCACACAGACACAGUGACAUGCCUGGCUGUGUCCAAAGUCCACAGCUUUAUUGCGAGUGGCUCUCGUGACCUCACGUGCAUCUUGUGGGAUUUGGAGGAGCUAAGUUACGUCACUCAGUUAACAGGACACAAAACCAGCAUUUCUGCCCUGUCUAUCAAUGAGCUCACUGGUGAGAUUGCUUCAUGUGCAGGACCUCUGCUGUACCUGUGGACUAUGAAGGGUCAGCUGUUGACUUGUACUGAUACUUCCUGCGGGCCCGAGGCAGGCAUCCUGUGUGUCAGCUUCACACAGCGACAUGAGUGGGAUGCCAGGAAUGUUAUUGUCACUGGCUGUGCUGAUGGUUUUAUACGGAUAUGGAGGACAGAGUACACCAGAACACAAUUACCUGGCCCUCCAGAAGAGCCUGUGUCCCCAGGGCAAGACCGAAUACAGAGAGACGUGAGCAGCUCGUGUCAGGGGAAACGCUGGAGGAGACAGCUGAUGUUAUGUCAAGAGCUGAGCAGAGGCCAGAACACGCCACAUCGCCGCUACAAAACCAGUCCAGCCAUCACCUCUCUGGGCAUGUCCAGGACUCAUGCAACUCUGUUGGCUGGCGAUGCCUGGGGUAGAGUUUUCACUUGGACCUGUGAAUGA